AUGUGCGAGCAUCAAGCUGCCGGCAGCCUCACGGAUCCAGCAGCGGUGAAGUUGACCCUGGAGAAAUGGAGAUUAAGUCCAUGGUCAGCCACGACCGCGAUUCGAUCCUUCUCAAGCCCGGAGCUAGUACAGCAUGCCCUUGCUCUCAUGAGAGAAGGGCAUGUUGAGACAAACGUCUUCCAUUGUUCUGCAGCCAUGAACAGCUGCAGAGAGUGCAGUGGCUGGACGGAUGCCAUCGGAAUUCUCAACUGCAUGCCGCAGGAAAACAUUCCCCACAACGAGAUCACACACAAUGUAGCUCUUAGUUCAUUUGCUGCUGGUAGCAAAUGGGCCAAUGCAGUCCACCAUGUGAACUUCAUGAGGCAGACUGCCGUUGAACCUACUCCAGUAAGCUUCAGCUCACUACUUGCCGCAGUUUCCAGGGAAGGCCUGUGGCAAGAAGCCCUCACCAUCUUCAAUGAGAUGCACAGGGACAUGCUGCGCAGAGAUGUGAUGUGCUUCAAUACAAUCAUCAGUGCAUGUGGGCGGGGUGGUCAGUGGUUGUUGGCUAUUGACCUUCUCGAUGAAUUAAAGUCGUCAGCGCAGCCCACCGAUUCAAGCUACUCUGCCACCAUCAGUGCGUGCGAGAAAGCCUUCAAGUGGGAGCAUGCAGUGGCCUUGCUGCAGGACAUGGGCAAGACUUUGCCAGAUAGUCGGAAAUGCUACAAUGCGGCAAUCAGUGCCUGUGAGAAGUGCGGUCACUGGCAUGUGGCACUAUCGCUCUUGCAGCAGAUGGCUGGAACUCGCAUUUUGAGGGAUCGAGUCACCUGCAAUGCAGCCAUCGGUGCCUGUGCCAAGUCCGCGAGCUGGGCCUCUGCCUUGUCUCUCUUAGAGAGCAUGCCAGCGUCAGCACUGCAGCCCGGCACCAUCACCCACAACACGGUCAUCACGGUGUGCGAGAACGGGCUGCAGUGGCGUCUGGUUCUGGAACUUACAGAUGCGAGUCCAGGAGUAGCGGUCUCCGAUGCUGAGCCCACGGAUUUGCACCACGCGAUAUGGCGACUAUCCAAGCAGCCACCAUCGCGGGUCCUGUGGGAACAGGGAGAGGCAGCAGCCAAGCGAGCCAGCCGCAUGGUGGGGAAGUUCAGGCCGAAGAAGUUGGUCAGUCUUCUGAGGGCACUUGCCUCCAUGCUCGUCACAGAGGAAGCUCUCUAUGUCCAAGCUGCCGAGACCUUGACGCAGCAGAGGGGGGCUGGUCUCCUGCAGGCGCAGGAGCUUGCGAAUCUUUGCUGGGCCUAUGCAGUCUCUGAUGCCCCAGGUUCGAGCGCGAUUUUCCAAGCGGUACAGGAAGCCUUCAUCGAACGCAACAAGCAUACAACUGCUGAUGCCACGCAUGGGCUCGAGCUCACCAAGCUUCCGGCGUAG